AUGCAGUUAAUCGGCACCUUUCUGAAUCUCGCAUUAUAUGGCGUUCUGUGUGAUCAAGUCUACAUAUACUAUAUCUCCUUUCCAAAGGACCGUCUGGUGACAAAGAGCAUUGUAUAUGUUCUCUGGCUUGUCGAGACUGUUCAGACUGUUAUCAAUAUCUCUGAUAUCUUCGAUAUCUUCUGUUACGAUUUUGGGAACCUUUCCGAGCUUGACGAUGUACAUCUCACAUGGUUCAACGUUCCCAUUCUCUCUGGAUUUGUUGGUUGUGUCUGUCAAUUAUUUUAUGCCUGGCGAAUGUAUAAAUUCAGUAAGAAGACGCGAUGGAUAAGUCUUACUCUGUCAAUGAUCGCUUUUAUUCAAUUUGCGGGUGCUAUUGGUUGUGGCAUUACAGCAGAGAGUCAUGACCACUACUCAGACCUUCAGACAGAUUUGACGAUCAAAGUGGCUACAAUGAUAUGGUUGGGUGGGAGCGUUUUGUGCGAUGCUGCCAUUGCUAUAUGUAUGACUUAUCUUUUAAGUCAAGCUCAUACCGGCCUCAAAUCUACUCGUGUACUUAUUUCCAGGCUGAUACGACUAACCAUUGAAACGGGGACAGCAACAGCUACACUCGCUGUCAUUGACAUCGCACUCUUUCUCGCAUAUCCUAAUAACAACUACCACACUGUCCCGGCAAUCUGCUUGGUAAAGGUUUAUUCGAAUACCAUCCUUGCUGUUUGCAACAGUCGUAUGACUACGCGAAUUCGUGGAGGGAGGGAAGAUUCAACUCUUCACUCAUAUGAGUCUUUCGAUUUGUUACAUGGUGGAUUGAAUAUCGAGCUUCGAGAAACGCAGACCAACACAAAUGCGGAAUCUUCUGUGCGACUUGAGGGUACCAAAGGAGGCGAAAGCAAGGAGCCCAUCGCGCCCCUUCCUGCUGACGGAAAUGACUCAACACGGGACAUGCUCAAGACAUGCUAG